AUGAGUUUUGGGUGUUAUUUUAUUGUAACUAGUCAAACUACAUUCAAAUCUAUUAGUGGAGAAGGAACAGUUGUUAUCAACGGAGAAAUCAAUGUUACUGUAAAUGAUUUUAAAGGAGGAAUUAUUCAAUUAAAUAAUGAAAAGGCGAAAGUUAUAAUUGUUCAAACUUCAGAUUUAUCUAACAAUGCUAACUCUAAGUAUCAAAAGAAAAUAGUUGGAAAGGGAACUACUGUUAUUAAACCACAAAGUAAAGAUGUUACCAUUAAUUUGGAUAUGAUAGGAAGUACUUCUUUAGCUGUAGAAUCUGUACAACAGUAUUUUAAAUUAGUUGUUGGUACACUUUACUUAAACAAAGAUAUUGAUGUUGGAAAGUAUUGUGAACUUUCUGUUUCACAAUUAACAUCUACUGUUACUAAUGAAAAACGUUCUAUAAAAACCUCAGGAAAAAGAAUGGUUAUAACAGAGAUUGAUGCUGAUCUUUAUCGAUUAGUAGAACCUACACAAGUUAUUAUCUCAGCUGUACCAAUAACUGAAACAUAUUCCAAUGUUGUUAAAUGUACUUUAGAUGGAACAUUUGUAACAGGAACUGAUCUUGUUUGUCCAUGUCAAAGUCUUACUGGAUAUGAAUGUGAACUUGAAUUUACAGGAUCAACAAAUCCAAUAACAUUCCCAAGUGAGAAUAUUGCUUUACAUAAAUUGACACUUCCAAGCGGAGCUACUAUUUCUGGAACAGGUAGUUUAAGUGUUAUGAAUCUCGAGAUUAAAGGAGACGUUACCAUUAAUGGAUUUUCAAGUGUUGAUAUUAACUCUCAAACAGGAGAGUCUAAGAUAACAAUUUCUACUAAUGGAAAAUUAAAAGGAACAAAGUCUAAGACUGUUACAUUUAGUCCAAGUUCUUCUUCAGUAAAGUUAGAAUAUUAUGGUACAAGUGUUGAAACAUUAACAGUUGAUAAAGAAGGAACAUUUAUUAACAGUGGAAAUAAUAUUAAGACUGUUACAUUAAGUAAUAGUGGUAAAUAUACAGUGCCAGAAGGAAUUACUGUUAAUAGUGGAACUAUUAAUGUCUGUCCAACAUGUGUUGUUAAUAUUAAUGGAGAAUAUACAGAAAGUCUUAAAAUUCAAUCUACUGGUACAAAAGAUAACACAAAUAAUGAUUAUAACGUUAUUUUUGGAAUGUUUAAAGAUUUUGUAGAAAAAGUAGUAACAAGUACAGGAACAAACAAAAUUACAUUCCAUCCAAGUGGAAAGAAGGUUAUUUUUAAAGAAAUGGAUUAUUCAAGUACAAAUGAAUUAAUUGAUGGAUGUGAUUAUACUAACACUUUCUACAAGACAAAUACUAAGAAUAAAUGUGCAUCAAUGAAGGUAGAGGGAAUUGAACCAAUUGAAGUUUCAUUAACAACAAGUGAUGUAAAUGGAGCAGAUAAUGUAUUAGAAGGAGAUAAGAUUCAAGGAGAAAAUAUUGAAAUUGAUACAGGAAAUGUAGAGUUUAGAGUAGGAAAAAUUCAAAUGAAUAAAUUAACUAUUCAGAAAGAAUCUAACAUUUCAUUUAUUGGAAUAAAAAAUACUAGUACAAUUGAAAAUAUUGUUUUAAUUAAACCAGGAACUACAUCUAUUUUAGUUAAAGAUGGAGUUAAUCCAUUAACAUUAAAAAUCAAUAAUGACAAUAAUACACUUAAUUCUAUUACAUUACAGAAUAGUAGUAGAGUAAUUAUAUCAAACACACAAACUACAAUUAAUUUAGGAGAAGUUAAUAUUGAGAAUAGUCAGUUAUAUCUUGAUAGUGGAAACUAUGAAUUUAAUGAAAAAACAAUCAAUUUCCUUGUUAACUCAAAUGACUUUAUGAUGGUUAUGGGACCAAGUACUCAAAUCAAUAGUAACAGUCGAGAAAUAAAAACAAUGAAUUUCAAUAUUAAAAUUGAAAAAGAAUUAGAAGGACCAAUAUACUUAUUAAGAACAUCUUACCAAAACUUUAUUAGUAGGUUUGGAGUUAAAUUCACAAUCACAUCCAAUAAUCAUCUUAAAGGAGAACCAACGAAUUCAAUAGACUCAAAAUAUGAACUAACACAAGUUUGUCGUAUUUAUGUUGCAUUAGUACCAAAAGGAUACACAAUAACUGAAUGUCCAAAAGAUCCAUGUGGAACAAAUGAAGCAGGUAUUUUUUCACAAAUAACUACUAAAGAAGUACCAACAUGGGCUAUUGCAGUUAUAGUAAUUGUUGGAGUUAUUAUUGUUAUUGCUUUAAUACUCUUAGUUGCUUUCAUUCUUUAUGCUAAGUUAGUCUUAUUAAAGAAUAGAAAGAAUAAUAAAGUUUUUGAUGAUACUGAGAAUGUCUUCUGCCAAACUCCAGAAGAAACUACAGAACAUGAAGAGUCCCAAGGAGAAACUGAAUCUUCAGAAACAUCUGGAAGUGGAAGUGAUGGAAGCUCAAAGACUAGUCAAGUGUCAUCAGUAAAAGAAGUAGAUCUUUCCCAAGGCGAUGAAUCAUUUGACAGUGAAGAGUCAUCUGGCAGUGAACAAUCAGACAAAAAGGAUAAUUCUUCUGAGAGUAAGGAGUCACAAAAAAGUGAUGGUCCAACAAAAGAUUAA